AUGGGACAGCAUGCGGGAUCUACCAUGGAAUUCGACCCGUUUCUCGGCAAGGAGAGCCUUUCAGCGCUUGGGAGAAUGGGCUUCGGCAAGAGGGAGGCUCGACUAGGCCCACAUCGCUAUCAUGGUGUCGCCGCGCGAACAAGACUUUCCGUCGCGGGCAAGAGCUCGAUGGUCACUACCUCGCACCAUCGUCACCAACACCACAAGGAACGAGUCACCAUCAAUCAGGUGAACGAUCUGGCAGAGAUUGCCCGCGAGAUCGACAGUUUCACUACGGCUGGCAAACGCAUUCCUGUCGCAGUCUGGGAAAAGUACGACCGGAUCAACAAACGCCACAAGAAGCACGAAGAUAUGAUGGCCAUCGCUGCCGAGGCGCGGAAAAAAAUGAAACGGAGAACAAGAAAAAGAGAAGAACAAGGACAAGAGGCGGGGCAAGGAUGCACAGCUGACAAUAAAAAAGAUCUCGACGGGCCUGACCAAAAAGAAGGAACCGCUUUCAGUACCGACAAGAGCAGCACCGGCACCAGGAGGCACCACCCUGUGUCAAACAACACACCGUCGUCUUCAUCGUUCACAGCAGACAGUACGGAGCUCUCGUUGGAAAGAAUGCCAAAACGACACACAGCCCCCAGUCCGUUUCAAGGCGGCGGACGUUGCACCUUCGGCAGUGGCAGAGGCGAAGAAGAAGCAGAUGCCCUAGAAAAGUUGGCGAGGCGUGAGGCACACGCAUCGACGGCUAAAUCGAGAGCCGGUCCUUCUUCGUCUUCGUGGGGACCCCAAGAGCGAGACAAACUGAACGAAAUUUACUGGGACCUUGGGCGACCUCCCCGCAGAGGCGUGCACGCCGAACGAGAGCAUUUCUUCCGCUACACCCAGCGCCACUGCUUAUUGUUUCCUCGUCGGUCUCCCGCUGAAGUAAUCGCGAGGCUAAAGCUCAUGUUCCGCUACAACACCCUGAAGGAGCCAAACGAGCGAGAGCACUGGCUCAAACUCAACGCUAAGCGAGGAUUCUUUCCACAGCCACAGCAGAAGGCGAACGCCGCCGCCAGCAGCACACGUAACGACACAAGCCGCGCCGUUAUGCCAACGGCUACUACGGAACCCCGCCAGUCUCUCGACUUUUCCAGCCUGGCAUCGGAGCCCGAACACCCGACAGCGACCAAUGGUCUCCAGAAAUGGCCUCGUCCGGGCUCGGAAGAAGAGCCGCUCUUUCGCCGUUCCGGCGGGGGUGGGAGCGCGCCCCUUUGUGGUGGGCGGUUAGUAUCUGCCGCAGCCGCAGCCUACGCCGCCGAGGCCAAGAGAACUGCUUCCGUUGCAUCCUCUCCCUCCCGUCGGCUGCGUGCAAGCCUACGGGCAGGCGGUGCGCCGGUAUCUCCUUUCUACGACCCGGUUCGUCCGAAUUCUCCCGCGUGGGGGUUCGGGGAAGCGCCGCCGGUCUCUCCGUGCUCCUCUCGCCCGUGCUCGCGCGGCAGCGGCAGAAGUGGUGGUGGUGGCGGCGGCGGGAGCCGAGGGAGUGGUGGUGGAUCUCGCGGCGUUUCGAGAGGGGCGCAGCGGGGUUUGGAUGACAACGCCCACGCCGAAGGCGUCGACGACGGCGGCGGACACGAAGAAACGGAGCUGCUCGACUACACCUCUUUGGGCUUGCAGACCAUCUCGAGCAGGGCGACGUCUCCGGCGUUUGGGUUCGCGAGGGACGGCCUCGGGUCCGAGAACUUGUCCAUGUUCCAGGCGGACAAGAAGCCGGAACCGGGGCCUGGAAGCUUCCGUCCAAAUCUCUCGGCCACGAGCACCCACCCGGGGGUGCGUUGUGGGGUCUUGAUGGGAGGGCGCUUAGGGUCGCGAGGGGGCGGCGGCGACGAGGGAGGCGGCAAAGGCGGCCGCGGAGGUACAAGAGGCGGUUCGCCAGGGGGGGUCGGGGAAACUUCGACCCGACCGAGUCCAGGACCGGGGCAGUACAUGGCGUGGGACGGCAUCGGGAGGCAGAUCUUGUCAACGAGGCCCUCUUCGCCCGUUGUAACGUUUGCCUCAGGAGACUGGGACUUGCGUCAAUAA